GCUAGUCUGGGGCCGUCGGCUUCCUCUGAAGCGCUUGGCUGUCCAUAAGCUGCUAAAUGUUUCUUAUAUUUCUCCAUAUUUUGUGCAGAUAACAGGAAAAUUUACAUUGCUUAAAGAUAGGGGGAUAAUUGUGGAUUGGAAAAACCGAGCAACGCACCUCUGUCGGACUUACAUCGGCGCUGUGGCACAUUUGUUCAGUGCAUUAGCUCCAGAAGCUAGCUGGCUGAUCAGUGGAGGCAGCGGUGCUACGGCGGCCCGAGUAAGACGAGACUCUCAUUCACCCCCCUGCGCAUCCUGUGACACGGCUAUGCUCGAGCUGGCCAUUAUAACAUCCAUGCUGAUUUAACAGUGUUCCACAUGGAUGGCAAGAGUGUGAGCAUCUAGUCAACACUUGAUCUCAUGGCUCCACUCUCGCCCUGACCCCUUGGUUCAACCAGGAUCCAAAAUGAGCAUAAGCAGUGAUGAGGUCAAUUUCCUGGUGUACAGAUACCUGCAGGAGUCGGGAUUUUCCCAUUCAGCAUUCACCUUUGGCAUAGAGAGCCACAUAAGCCAGUCCAACAUCAACGGAGCUCUGGUGCCCCCUGCAGCCCUCAUCUCCAUCAUCCAGAAGGGCCUGCAGUAUGUGGAGGCAGAAGUCAGCAUCAAUGAGGACGGUACCCUGUUUGACGGGCGGCCGAUCGAGUCUCUGUCCUUGAUUGAUGCUGUGAUGCCAGAUGUGGUGCAGACGCGGCAGCAGGUGUAUAAAGAUAAGCUGGCUCAGCAGCAAGCUGCCGCCGCCUCCAGUGCAUCAUUGGCUUCAGCUGCCAAGAACGGAGAGAACACGGCUAAUGGAGAGGAGAACGGCGCACACACGCUGUCCAACCACCAUUCAGACAUGAUGGAGGUGGACAGGGUGGUGGAGAUCCCAGCCAGUAAAGCCAUGGUGCUACGGGGCCAUGAAUCUGAGGUCUUUAUCUGUGCUUGGAACCCUGUCAGUGACCUGCUGGCCUCUGGUUCUGGAGAUUCGACUGCACGGAUCUGGAACUUGAGCGAGAGCAGCGCUGGAGGAUCCACUCAACUGGUUCUGCGUCACUGUAUCAGGGAGGGGGGGCAGGAUGUGCCCAGUAACAAAGAUGUCACCUCACUGGACUGGAAUAGUGAAGGUACACUUCUAGCCACAGGGUCCUAUGAUGGCUUUGCCCGAAUAUGGACUAAAGAUGGUAAUCUUGCCAGUACACUGGGGCAGCACAAGGGUCCUAUAUUUGCUUUAAAGUGGAACAAGAAAGGAAACUUUAUUCUCAGUGCUGGGGUUGAUAAGACCACCAUCAUUUGGGACGCACACACAGGAGAAGCCAAACAGCAAUUUCCAUUCCAUUCAGCACCAGCUUUGGAUGUGGACUGGCAAAGCAACAACACAUUUGCCUCCUGCAGCACAGACAUGUGCAUUCACGUGUGUAAACUGGGCCAAGACCGACCAGUCAAGACAUUCCAGGGCCACACAAAUGAAGUCAAUGCAAUCAAAUGGGAUCCAACGGGAAAUCUUCUAGCGUCUUGCUCUGAUGACAUGACGCUAAAGCUUUGGAGCAUGAAACAGGACACUUGUGUUCAUGACCUCCAAGCCCACAAUAAGGAGAUCUACACCAUUAAAUGGAGCCCUACUGGACCUGGAACCAACAAUCCCAAUGCCAACCUCAUGCUGGCCAGUGCAUCGUUUGAUUCGACGGUGCGUCUGUGGGACGCAGAGCGUGGUGCCUGCAUCCACACGCUAACCAAACACCAGGAGCCCGUCUACAGCGUGGCCUUCAGCCCGGACGGACGUCACCUGGCAAGCGGUUCUUUUGACAAGUGUGUCCAUAUCUGGAACACGCAGAGUGGUGCUUUAGUCAACAGCUACAGAGGGACGGGGGGCAUUUUUGAAGUAUGCUGGAACUCCACCGGGGACAAAGUGGGUGCAAGUGCAUCAGAUGGCUCGGUUUGUGUAUUAGACCUAAGGAAAUGAUGAUGCUGCCGGUUUGGGAAGCCAUGGACCGACUACGAAUGUGUGCAUAGCAAAAUUUACCGACUGUCCCUGGCCCAUCAACCACUGCUGUAGUCCGCGUGCGAGAUCCCAGACCACAGCUUGGACCAACAGUCUCUCAGCCCCACCAUAAACACACAGCCUCUCAAAGUGGACCCAUGACGCUUACAACACACACCAAAUCAGUGUGAUCAAUGGACUGUUAUAUACAGACGCACCUAACACGAAAAAUAAACCGCCUUUGCACACGCACCCCAUACACACACACACACAGCAUCAUUCCAGACCCCGAGGGCUGAGGUCCACGCUACUGCCGUGUGCAUAUUGUACACGUUUAGCGCUCCAUGGAUGGUUUUUAUAUUUCGUUAGGUGUCAUUUGCAUGAGCUAGAGAGAAGAGCUGUUCAAUAUGGCGAGUAAUGAUAUUGACAAUUCAGAGUAUUGGCACUGUAUGUUUGUUUAGUGGCUCUGAGACUUUUGGAAUUGUUCUUUAAAAGAAAAAAGAAAAAAAAAACGCUCAAGGAUUUUGUUUUUUGCCAAAUUUUCAUAGAUAAUUUGAUUAUCUCUUUUUUUUAAAUACAGAGUAAUAACAAAGUACAGAAAGCCUAUUAAAUUACUUAGAUAUAUUUUCUAAAAAAAAAAAAAAAAACGAAUGCCCUGUUAUUUGUACAACCUAUGCAACUUUACGGUAAGACAAAACUGAACUUUCAGUGCAUGAAUGGGUGAAACUCAUUCAUUGGGUAUUUAAGUGUCUACGGGCUCCGUAGGUGAAGCCUGUGCAUUCGAAACGGUGAUAGGCCCACCCUAAAAACGUAACGGCACAUUUACUGUCGCAGUUACAGAACGAUUACUAGUUAUAGUAGGGUUUUUUAAUUCCUUUUAGGUGGGUUAGGGUGGGUAUCCUGCUACCAUCCUCACGCUUGACAUGGAACGUUUUUACUCGGCUCGUUUAAUUUAACAAGGCCUCGUAGAACACGCUACAGCUUUCUACUGGUUUAAUGUUCUUUCUUUAACGCUUCAUCUGUCAUGUUUUGCUUUUCCAUAGAGGUCUGAGCUCUAAAUGAUCAUUAAGUACUGCAGUGAAUUGGUAUAUGUGUGACUGUAACAGCAUUGGUCUUUAUGGCUUCAUGUGAGGUAAGAAACUAAUGCAGCAUAUAAGAGUGACCGAGAAUCGUGGGACCCCGUUCAGUUUUCAUCAUGGCAUGGAAACGGACAACCGGUUUGAUAGUCCAAUGUCAGGUCAUGGUGGUGCUGCUUUUGCUUGUGUAUUUUUUCUCUCUUUUGUGUUACGUUUUGUCUUUUUGAAAAUGAUUGCUCAGUAAAGGUGAAGGUAUGGAUGUACCAAGAGACUGACAUGGAGAAACAUUUGAACUGAUUUGUUUUUAUUUUUAUUUUACAUGCUACUGUUAUAAAAGGAUGGAUUUUAAAGUAAAAUCAGUUAAUGUUUUGGAUUUAUCUCAAGCCUGUUUUUUUAGGGUGUGUUGACACGCUGGUGUUCGGCUUUUACGCGUCUUUAUAAAAUACCAUUAGACGGUCAAAGUAUAUAAAAAUAAAAUUUUACCCAGCACACUCGUGUUACCAUUUAAGACGUAUUUCCAUCGAAUACAAUGAGCACUUAAAACACUUGUAUCUUUUGGACUGAUAAAUCAUUAAAAUAACUUUAAAUGUUCACCAGUUUUCCUGAAAAUCUCUCCCCACGGAUAACCCCUCUCAAAUGUAACUUUUCCUCAAAGUAACAAUAAAGCAGACAGUGAAAUGGUAUUUUAUAACGGGAUGACUUAAAGAUAUACAUUUAGCAGUGUGUGCAAGCAUUUGCAUCUUUUGGUUCAAAUGCCUAGCACAUCCUCCACGACCCUUUUUGUACUUUUUUUUUAACUUUUGAGCUCUAAGCAACAGCACGUACAUGGGCAUAUCAAACCCAUCUGGGACCAUGUAAGUACUCGUUCAGUGAUUGUCUCACUUGGGUAAACUUUAACUUACUCUUGGGUCACUUUUUGUUCUCUUGUUUUUGGUCACUCUCUAGCAGAAAUUACUUAACUGCAAUGUUGAUUUGACUAUUGUGAUUUGAGUCAAAUCGAAGUCCAGAAUAAAAUAUAUUUUGGUAAUA